AUGGCCUGUGGCGGCGGACGGAGGUACGUUGUUGUAGGCAGUCACAACGCAAGACUGGAUCCCAGCUCAGUGACAGACGACUACUGGGUUUGGGUACGCAAUCCCGCCCACCUCGGGGUCACGUACGGUAAGUGGCUCGUGUUCGGGCGGAAGGGAAGCGUGCUGGACUCCAAGUGGCACAAGAUUCAUCCGCUGGUCAGCUCAGGCGCACUGGGAGCCACGGGAGCAAAGUGUUCUACCGACCUCUCCACUGGAACUUCGGCAGACGACGGUCGGGGAGUGAUCUGCGUGUACACCACUCGAGAAAUGCGAGACGAGGUUGGGUCGAGGCUGAUAGAGGAGGUGAGGGAGACCAUCAGGUACAAGAGUGACGAGGCAACUCUCGCAGGACUGUAUGUUUCCCGUGGCCACAAGGGCGUGUGCGAGAAAACCUUGUUGUACUGGCAAAAGUGACACAAACAUCAAAUUGUGAUUGCCUACUAAUUAGCUGUCAUACUCAUAUCACUUUCAAGUCGUCAUAAUCAUCAGGAAUUGGGUUUUCACAAACUUUCAUGAAUACAUAAAACUAUUAUCAAAGUUUCUUCUCAACUGAA